AUGUCUACCGCCCAGGAGCUCUCUAACAUUUCCUCGGACCUGAUCUGGGAGAUCGUCCGUGACAACAACUGCUUCUCCGCCAAGAGCAAGAAGAACGGCGGUGUUCAGUUCUCCCGAGACCCCCUUAACCUGACCAACAAGACUUCUCGCAAGCACGCUGGUUUCGUCAACGACAAGGCCCUCGGUAUCGCCCCUGGCGAGAAGGGUGCUAUUGUUGUCACCUCCAAGAAGGCUCAGCCCAACAAGCCCGCCCAGAACCUUGUCAAGACCUCUUACAGCGGAUCCAAGAGCAACCGCAAGACCUACCAGGCUGUCGCCAACCAGGCUGCCAAGAACGGUUACCGUGCUGACCUCCGCUCCGCUGCCGUUGAGCGUGCCUCCGCCCUCAAGAAGUCCAACAAGCCCGUCAAGCCCGAGCCCGAGCAGAAGCUCCGUGGCAACAAGGCCAAGAAGGCCGCUGCCGCCGCUGAGGAGAACUAA